AUGCCUGCAGGGUCGAGGAAAGACAACGUCCUGACAGUGACCAAGCCUUUCGAAUGUGAGACUGCUCUUGGUGCAUUCCAACCCGGUGCACUUGGUGGUAGCACUCGUCUUCUUGAAGCCUCGGAAAAGCUAUACAGACUCUGCCACGCGACCGGGAAGAAUCCUGUGGAGGUAGCCAAGUCUGACUGUCCGGGGAGCAAGUACGACAUUGCGUUUCAACAAGAGCACCGAAGGCUAGAAGACGUCCUUAAAGCCAACAGUGCCCUUACAGACCAGCUUGUUCAGGCUCGCGCGAAUGAAGCCUACUACAAGCAGUUGUGGACCAUGACUGCUCGUCAGACACAUAUGCUCGAGGAGAAAGACGAGACGCUCCCCGCAUCGGCUACGAAUGGUCCAAUGGUUCGGAACAGUGGCACGUCGGCCCAUCGGGCUAGAUCCAAACAUCUUGAAAAGACAACGGGAUGGUCUAGUUUGGUCAAACUGAGGGUUCUUGCAGAGUUCAACGCCACAGAUCGCAUUCGCCAGGAAGUGAUUCCUGGUGUCAACACCGACCAGUGUCUCGGAUCCCCUGAUGUCUGUGUCAUGGAGGUGUCUUUCAGCCCAUCAUGCGUCUCUGGCCGCACAAUCAAUAGCACGGCCACCACAUAUCCACUGGCACCAAAGAUCCCUACUCUUGUCUUUUAG